AUGGAUUUAUCGUUGGCCGGUGAGAAGAGAUUUCUUAAGCUCAAUGAACUUGAAGAGCUUAGAGAUGAUGCUUAUGAGAGGUCAAGGUUAUAUAAAGAGAAGACCAAAAAGUGGCAUGACCAACAUAUUCGAAACAAGAACUUUAAGAUUGGAGACAAGGUUUUGCUUUUCAACUCAAGGCUUCGUUUGUUUCCGGAUGCGGAUGGUAACAAGUUUAUGGUUAAUGGUCAUCGUUUAAAGAAUUACUUUUGCAAGGAAGAAGUUUGUAUCAUCGAAUGUAUAAUGCUUGAUCCUUUGGAUCCCAAGCCUCCCACUUGA